CAAUGAGGUGCUUUGCGCCGCUGUCGUCCCUGCAGCGGCGGCCCCCGGCCAAAGGAGCGGGGAGGCAGCAGAGGAAGAGGCACCAGAGAACGACGGGAGUGAUGUAAAGGAGGAGGAGGAGGGUGAAGUUUACAUCUGGUACUUUAUUCGGGCACGAGGAGCUCCGCGUUCUGCGCUGGGGGAGCUAUGCGACGUGGAGCGGGUCCCUGCGAAGGUGUGUUCCACAUUUUCCGACUUUGUGAAGCACAUUAUGGCGCGGCGAGAGUAUCUGGAAGGGCGUUACUUGAAGGAGAAAGCCACCGCCGGGGUUGAGGUGGCGGGGGCGGCGCUGGACCCGCCCAGAGUGCAGACCGUGGACGGUGGUGACGGUGGUGACGGCGGCGGCGGCGGCGCCACUAGGCUCCUGUACCAGCUACGGAGGGGCGGCGAGAGCCGUUGCUUCACCGGCGCCGCUGCGGAGACUGAAUUGAGGGACGCUGGCGUACUGAACCCCGCUGGUUGUUUCCUUGGUGAGUUCCGGCUGUUGUUGGAGUUUGAUAGCUCCGUGCAUGCCCUGAGUGAGAGGCUUUCCAGCACGACGGUCCUCUCCGCGGUCGGGGGAGGGAACGACUCCAGUUGUGACGCGUCGGCUGACCUCGCCGAGAUGGGCAACGCGGUCACGUUGAAGGAGUGCCUGGAAGCGACGUACGCUCCUGACAGGCUGGAGGGGGAGAACGCCAUCGAAUGCGACAAGUGCAAGGCGCGCCGGGCCAGCAAUAUGAAACGGAGACUAUUUUUGCUGCCACCGUGCCUUCUCAUCUCGCUCAAGCGCUUCAGAGUGCACAUGGAGGAGACGUCGAAGAACAACACGUGUGUAAUGUUCCCGAAGGAGCUGGACAUGGCGCCCUUCCUCGACCCAGAGUCGCCCGUGCAAAACGCAACGUACUCACUGCGCGGCGUCGUGACCCACAGAGGGAGCAUCAACUACGGUCACUACAGCGCCUGCGUGAUGAGCGACAGCUGCGGCGAGUGGGUCCGGUACGACGAUCAGUGCACCAGCAAGGUGCAGGGCCCCCCCGACAGGGAUGCGUUUAUCCUCUGCUACGAGCGUGCCGAGUUCGAGGCCGACAAGGCGGGGCAUGCUGUCGGCAGGGCAAGUGGGCUCUAG